CACACUUGAAACGAGUUGAGGAGCUCAGACAGAGUGAAGAGCGGAGAGAAAUCGUUCUUUAAGUCAUUCCUGCAGAAUUACGCAGCGGUGCCUGAAUGUAACGCGGAGACACGGAACGACAGCGCAGAGCGUUUGAGGUGGACUGGCUGUAAAAAUGUCCAGAUCCACAAAAUCAGCCUCGAGGUCUCGGAGCCGUUCGAGGUCCCGGUCAAGAUCCCGCUCCACCUCACGCUCCAGAAGUUGCUCCAGGUCCCGAUCCAGGAAGCAUCGUUACAGCUCAAGGUCUCGGUCACGGUCAAGAUCUCGUUCUCCAUCUUAUAACCGAGACAAGAAAUAUACAAGAGGAUACCAGAACAACCGGGAGUUCCGAGGCUACCACCGCGGCUUCCGGAGGCCAUACAAUUUCAGGGGCCGAGGACGAGGCUACUUCCCACGUGGUCGCUUUCAGCGUGGUGGUGGGGGUGGUGGCGGCUACAACAACAACAACUUCCGCCCAAACUGGAAGAACUACAAGCAGCACCCUCAAAAGCAACAGCAACCACAACAGCAGCAACAACAACAACAACAACAACAACAACAGCAGCAGCAAAACUAUUCUAGAGGGCGAGGGAGAUGGCCCAAUUUCCAGAAACGCUCAGGGAGCCCCCCUCAUGGCAACUCUCACCGCUCUGACCGAUCCUCCUCGCCAUUAUCCAGACUUUCUCAGCAUUCUUCUUGCUCCUCACACUCAUCCUCUCCCAAAUGCAGACCAGCCUUGUCGCUGGCUAAUCAGAACUCCAAAGAUGUGAAAGAGAACUCAGCCUCAAAGGAGGUAGGAGGGGAGGAUAGGGGUCCAGUGGAGCUUGUCGAGGUGUUGGCAGGAGAUGCAAAAGAAGGAGCAGAUAGUGAGAAAAAUGAGGGGAGCUGGCAGGGCCUGACAGACUGCAGCAGCAGUCCAAAGAGAGCCGGUUCUCUGGCAAAUUCUGCUGUUAUUGCUGGUCAGAGCAGCCAAACUACAAACCAAUCUGCCCCCACUAAAAACACAAAUGACACCAGAAAUGGUGCCCCUUCCUGGCAGAUGGUGUGUAGUUCAUCCUCUGCAAAAAAAACCUCACAUGAAGGUCUGAAUCCAAUGCUUUCCAGCUUUGACUUCUUCUCCACUGAGGAAUACCUGGAUGGAGAUAAAUCAGCCAUCUCCAUUGCUUUCAGAAAGUUUCUGGAGGAGCAAAAUAAGAAAGCUGCGUCUAACUUGGAAAACGGCAAAAAUGCAGAGACAAAUGAUGUGGACAUGGAUCAGGGGAAAGUAAAUGGCAAAGCAUCAGUCAUUAACACUGACUCUGUGUCAAGGAAGUACAAAGGGGACAUUGACGGUGAAGUGUCCCUGACCAGCUUCCUGAAAACGUCUCCCUUUCUGUCUGCUGAUGGGGAGGAAGAGGAGGAGAUGGUCAUCAAGCCUCAUUCAAAGUCACUCCAAAAAGAAUGGCACAAUGGGGAUGAGUCCUCUAAGCUAAAUAGCCAGGUCAGUCAAUCAGCCCGGGAGCUGUUUGAAGAGUGCUUUGGCAAAUGGAAGAAUGUGACCUAUUCACAGGUGGCUAACAGUGACCUUGAUGCCAUGGCAGAGGAGAUAUAUCUUAGUCGAAAGCAAGAUAAGGCCUCAGCCUUUGCAGCUGCCCUCGCCAAGAGGGAGUUGGCAGGAAAACUUGACAAACUCUCCCCAGACAGGAAUUGUAAAGCCAGGAAGAUGGCUAAAUCUCCCUCUGUCCCAUCUCCUACACUUCCACCCAAGAGGAACUCUGACAGAGAGAUGUUUAUGGUCAGGGGAGAGGACUCAUCUUUCGCAUCCUCAAGAAAACACGAAGCAAAAUUUAAUAUCAAAAUGGAUUUUCUUGGAGAUACUCUGCUAAGCUCUUCAGAUAUUUUAGCUGAGGAGCGACAGUUGUCUCAGGAUCUCGUGCAGUCUUCAAAGAAGGAUCAGGAGUUUCGCUCCAUCUUUCAACAUGUUCAGGCUGCUCAGUUUAACAGAAGUCCCUCUGAGCUGUUUGCUCAGCACAUAGUCACCAUCGUUCACCACAUUAAAGCUCAGCACUUUCCAUCUUCUGGCAUGACUCUUAACGAUCGAUUCACCAUGUACCAAAGACGAGCUGCAGAGAAGGAAAUGAUGAAGCCAAGAAAAAGCCCAGAGAUACACAGAAGAAUUGAUGUUUCUACAAGUGCUUUUAAGAAACACUCUCAACUUUUUGAGGCGAUGAAAAGCUCAGACGAUGGCACUUACAAGGAUGGUGGGGGGAAAAUAAAGGGUGACCCAAUGGACCUUCGUUUGGAUAUUGAGCGGCGUAAAAAAUAUUCCAUCCAUGAAAAAGAUAAUAAUCAGGAUCGGGUACGAGAUAUGGGAGAUUCCCCGAAUUCUAGCCGAGAGAGAUCCAUGGAAAAGUUCUCCAAAUGCCACAAGAGAUCAGGGAAAAGUAAGAAGAAGCGCUCUCGCUCACGUUCAUCCUCGUCUUCCUCAUCAAGAAAAUCCCAACAAGAAGGAGAUUUGCCCCUUAACAAGUCUGAUCCCAAAGAUGAAGGCUUUAAUAAAGCCCAGCUGAGUCAAGGGGAGUCACCGGGGUCUGAAAGAGGAAGGCCACAUGGAUUUCAAGUAAGAAUUCGGGGAAGGGGCUGGAACAGAGGCAAUUGUCAAGGGAUCAGUUCACAUAGUAAUGCCAUAAACAUGGUAGCACAACAAAAAACUGAAGGCUGGGAACCAGAGUACACUCCCAAAAGCAAACAAUACUAUCUGCACGACGACAGAGAUGGGGAGGCAGACUGCAAGUGGAUGGACAAUCAAGGGCGAGGAAGCUUCUCUCGUGGAAGGGCACGUUUUAUUAUCCGCAAAGCCACCGGGGGUUCCAACACCAACAACCCCAGAUGGGCCCAUGACAAAUUCCAGGUCAAUGGAGGGAAAGGUGGUUCACAGGAAGAGGAAACAGGGCAGGACCGUAAUGAGGGAGAAAUAGAUGGAGAGAAUGGUUGAGCCUUGAAGCAGUCUGAUGAAAAUCUUGACGGUCUUCUAUGUUGUUGCAGGAUCUGACACAGUAAUUUUAUCUACCACAGAGGAUCAGUAAAUACAGAUUCAAAUGUUUUAAGGCUGUAUAUUGGGAUACUUACUUCACUUGCACACAACCUUUCCCUAUAUUAGCUACAGCUUGUCACUAGAAGAAGCACUGUUUGAAGGGUGAAAUGCUGUUUCUCAUGAAAAUCCUCAACUGUAUACUUCAUGUUUCUUUCUUUUUAUAAACCGACUUUUUCUUUGCAUCAGCACAAAUUAUUGCAUCGAAGAUCAUAUCAACUUGUGCCACAUAAUGAUGACAAUGAGUUCAAUUCUCCCAAAAUUUGUGUGAAAAAAAGCAGGCAUGUUGUUUUGAGCUGUGUCUUGUGUGGAUGACAAUGACAGCAAUAAAUACACUGUAGUUUAUGUUAACAAAAAAAAUAUCACUGUUUAGCUGACUCAGCACGCGACAGAUGACCCCGAUUUGAUGGUGGGACCAAACUGUACGGGGUCAAAGGUUAAGCUCUAUAGUCUUUCAUCAUGUAACAUCCAACAGGUCUACUGUACUAGCUGAGAGCAUAGGAUAGGCCUACUGUUACUAAGUUAACUAUCUUAACAUUUAACAUUUUCAUGAAACAUUUCUGCUAUCUGAGAUUUCUACCCUUUACAGUGGCUGUGUGCUUGAUCUUCAGUACCACUAAUCGGUUCAUAAUAUUUAUAUUGAUUUUAGUUUCUUUUCAGAGAUAUUCUUUGCUGUUUGUGGACCUUGCUAGACAGGAUUAAGACUUAGUAAUGUCAAGGAGAAUGUGUUGUUAUUGCAAUAGAUUUUUAUGUGAUUUUUAUUUGGCUGAACCGCAAACUUUCUUCUUUACUCAGUUGCGUAAAUUGUGUGCAAAAAUGUCAACGAGUGAUAGAAAAGAUCUAGAAUUCAGAGAAUAGUUAGAGAAAUACGGAGCAGUUUAUAUGAUGUGACAAUUAUGUCUACUAAUUUCUUAUUUGCCCAUAAUCAGUGAAUUGAAUUGCACAAUUUGUGCCUUACCACGGUUGCUCUGGUCUUAUUUGUACAAUGCAGGCCUUCAGAUUGAAAUUGAAAUUCAAUUGUUUAAAGCUUACUUGCUUAGAAAAUAAUACUCUUUUUAAAUAGGUACUGUUGCCAUCUUUUUUCUCAGAGAUUGUAAAUUAAAG